AUCUCCCUCUUCAGCUGUGCUUCAAUCAUGUGACCUCAUCGGGUUACUGGCAUCAAUCAAGGACAUCAAUCCGAUUUAAACUACACCUAGAUAGGUCCCUAAUGCGAGUCACAGUCUGUAUGACCUAGGCCAAUAAGUCGCGUAUUGGAAUCAUGAUGCAUGGUACACCGUUUUCAGGUGUGAGAGUAUUUAGGGUUCAAUAAAUAUUGUCGAUACUUAAUCAACGAAUUAACGGUAUGGACUCCGCACGAAAGCCCAAAGUGUUCAGAUUGCGGCAACUCCCCAGCAAUGCCAACGAAUCUCAAGCACUUGUCUAUCUCAGUAUUGGUCUUGGCAGUAUACCUGUCGAUAACAUCCGGAUAUUCUCUCUAGCGACGAGUUUGAGCCCCUGGCGUCCAACCAAGACAGCUACACUUAUGUUUAACCCACUUCCUACCUUGCUCCAACGAGACCAAGGGAGAGGCGAAUGGCAUCCCGCUGGACUCUUUUCGCCAUGCUAAAAAUUACUUCUCAGGCUUUAGAUGCUGUAGGAGGGUCAGAUCUCAUCGGUGCUGUUGAGUGCUCACAGUAAUCGCAUCACAAGGAAGCGCUAUUAAUAUCAGAGCGAUUUCUACUACUAAAAGCAGAGGAGCGCGAAGCUUACGCCUUAAACCAGAUCAAGAUACAUUCUCAAGGUCUCAUGGAACUACGCUUCGCUUCGGUUAAGCUUUUACACCAGACUGUCAAGGAAUUCGUUAACCAGCCGAAGUUCAAUGCUCUCAUUCUUGACACUGAAGCAAAGGUGACAUUCGAGAAUGGAUACUCAUUCUUAUCGAAGUGGUUCUUACUUGACCACAAAGCUUUUCAAAAAUCUAGCGAAAAUAUUACAGAAGGUAAUAAAGGCAGACCAAUUAGACGACUUAGAUCUGAAACGUAUUAUGACUCUAUGGAUGAAGAUAGUUCGAACUACGAGUACGAGGGAUAUUCUUCUGACGAUGCUGAAUUGGACGCCCUGCCUAUUUAUUACGAUCAUAAGGUUAUACCCGAAACGACGAAGCAGGCAGCAAUAUACGGGAGAAUGGCAGAAGACUCUACGGGCUGCAGCAUGAAGGAAUUCCUUGAUAGCAUCCCGACGAGUAGAUAUACUCAGCUCACGCAGAACACCAGCGGUGUCGAGAUAAGCACUCCCAUAGAAUUUGCCUCGUUGGCAGGAUUCAGUCUUUAUUUUCGGGAGACAUUACAACUGGAUCAGGACUUUGUGCAGAAAUGGAACCAAUAUAAGCAAAAAUCGCUACUUACGCUUGCACUUGGCCUUUCGCCUAAAGAUAGCGAUCACGUCGCGAGUAGACACCUCACUAUAGCAGAGGGCUUGGGGAUUUCCCAAUUACUGCUGGAUAACGGGUAUAAGGAUCCAAAGGCGUUCGGUAAACUAAUAUCCUUCUUAUCCAUAUCUCUUUAUGACGACGAAAGUCGGCGUCAGUCCAUCAAUAUCGUUAUUCAUUUCCUCGAGACCGGUCACGACCCAAAUAUGCCAUUGACCAUUUACGAAUUAUCGGAAAGUGGCAUUGCUUUGAUUUGCACGGCGUUACAUCUCGCGCCCCCAGAAAUCGUACCGUCGUUGCUUGUCCACGGUGCCGACCCCAACUCCAAGGACUCCGAAGGGAAAACGCCCCUAGGGAGACUCUGCUGCAAUGUCUUGCCCAUAACGAUAACGCAAAUUGAUCUCCAUGGAAAUCACGCUAGAAGCGUGCCGGACUCCUAUCAGGUGGCUUGCAUGCUGCUUAAUGGAGGCGGGAAACCACCUCCGUGGUCGGAUCCAUCUUGGGGUAGGCUCUUGAGUCUGUUUGCUGAGAAAGGAUAUGAUGUGGAACUACUUCAGCCUCAAUGUUCCAUUUUCACAUCGGGGAAACCAACGGCCAAGCCUAAGUCAGCCUUGAAGUCCAUUAUGAAAUCACGUAACAGAAAUUGGUUUCAAUGGAAAUAACAGCCAAUGUCUAUUGGUUAUAUUUGCUCUCUUUAUCGUAUUAUAUACCAAGCUGCGCAUUUACGACGAUAGGAACUUGGCUGUUUUGCAUAUAGGUGUGGAACUAGGUAGCAUAGCAUCACAAAUCUCUCAUACUGUUAUUAAAAAGUACCUAGGUACCUAACUAGGCCAUACUCAUUACUCUGAGAUUGGAUUCAGGGGUAGCUUUUGGGGAAACACACGUUAUAUCACAUUUAGACCUAGCUCUAGGUUAGCCCUCUAUAGGUAUUUCCUGUCUGUCAACUGAGUUUAUAUAUUAUAAAUUGUAAAGUGAUUUCUCA